UCCGCCCCAAGACGUCAGCAAUGACAUCAGCAAACACCCUUCAGCCAUGGAAGUCUAGCCACUACCGUAUUUAAACCUAGUUAUUUAGUUAGAGGGGUUACAAACAAUUAGGGGCUAAUUAGAAAAACAAAGACAUUCAGAUUCGUGGUUUUUUUUUAACAAUAUGUUCAAGAGAAUGGCUGAAUUUGGUCCUGAUUCUGGAGGGAGAGUAAAGGGUGUUACAAUAGUGAAACCCAUUGUUUAUGGCAAUGUCGCUCGUUAUUUUGGCAAGAAGAGAGAGGAAGAUGGGCAUACACAUCAGUGGACAGUGUAUGUAAAACCAUAUAGAAAUGAGGACAUGUCUGCCUAUGUAAAGAAAAUUCAGUUUAAGCUGCAUGAAAGCUAUGGCAACCCUUUAAGAGUUGUUACCAAACCACCAUAUGAAAUCACAGAAACAGGCUGGGGUGAAUUUGAAAUCAUCAUAAAAAUAUUUUUCAUUGAUCCAAAUGAGAGGCCUGUUACACUUUAUCACUUGCUGAAGUUGUUCCAGUCAGAUACAAAUGCCAUGCUGGGAAAAAAGACAGUAGUUUCAGAAUUUUAUGAUGAAAUGAUUUUCCAGGAUCCAACAGCUAUGAUGCAGCAGCUAUUAACCACUUCCCGACAGUUGACACUGGGAGCGUAUAAACAUGAAACAGAGUUUGCAGAACUAGAAAUAAGAACAAGGGAGAAACUGGAAGCUGCCAAGAAAAAGACUAGCCUUGAAAUUCAGGAUCUUAAAGAAAGACUGAAAGCAAGUCGAGAAACCAUCAACUUUCUGAAAAAUGAAAUUAGGAGGAUGGAAGAAGAUGACCACAUUAAAGAAUCCUGAUUCAGCUGACUUAAGUGCUUUUGCAUUAAAUCAAAAGUACUGAAUUCACAUUGAGCAGUAUAUUGAGAAUUGACUUGCACUAACUGGAAAGUAUUUCUAAACCAUCUUAUUUGAUGGUAGAACAUCAAACAAGAUAUGUAUGAAAAUCUGGUUUUCAUAAUUAAUUAUAAAUAUUUUGAGUUGAAAAAUUUGUAUUUGUAGUCCUUCAGUUAAUACAGUGUAAAUAACAUAUUUAGUUGGACUGAAACAUUUUUUAGGUGUUCAAUGGUGGGCUUACUCCCAGCCUCCAAUAGUGAGAGCUGAGUGCCACAGAUGUUUACAGCACUAGAAAUGCACAUUCUUGUGCCAGUUACUGUGAGGUUCACUUUUACAGGUGAAGUAAAAAUGCUUACAUUGAUUACUCUUGUAAGACUAGCAUUGUUUCUAAAGUAUUUUAUAACAUUUUAUUUAAACACGUCAUUGUAUAUGACUGAUGAUAAAGCAUCAAAUAAAAUGAGUAUGGAAUAUUGCAUUUAUAAUAUUGUUUCUAACUCACCAGUGAAUGUUGUGAUGCAUAUAAGAACUUUACCACUUGGAAAGAGAAAUACUGGCUUUCUCCAUUUAUUACAUUGUAUUGUUUGUGUGCUAAGGCCUUUAGUUAUAUAUUGUGUCACAUACCACCCCAAUCAUCAAAUGUGAGGUGAGUGCUACAUUUAGACUGAUUUGUGCUCUCCAUUCUCCCUUUGUCAACACCAGCUGAAUGAAUUAAUGCAAAAUGGUGCUCAGCAUAUUUCUUUGAGUUACUGACCAGCUGUCUAAAACAGAAGUUAUUUUAGCUCUAGCAUGAUGCCAGUCCUGAGAAAAAGUGCUACAAAUACAUGUCAGUUUUUCCAGUUUUCCUCUUUUAAUUCCCUUCCCUUUUAAGAUUGUUGUACACUGUUUUCUUGUCAGCUUUGUCUGCUACAUCUUCUCCAAGAAAGGAAAGCUUUUCUGUUGGAUGUUAAGCCUCUCUGUAUUUACCUUUAGCUGGUUUUAUUGAUUCCCAGUAUUUAUUGCUAAACUGUGAUCAUUAUUUCAUAGAUGGACAGUAGCAUUCCUAUUUUAGUGGUCCAGCCAUUGGGUAGUUCCUGACUGUUUUGCUUGACAGCUGUGUGAGAAUUUGUCUGUUUUUGUAUGUUUACAAUACAGUAGUAAAAAUAAAAGAUACUCAACGUUAUUAUAUUACUGUACUCUUUUAAGCCUUUAUUUUUGUAUAUAGUACUUUAAUAAAUGCACGUAAACUUUUA